CCCAUUGGUUAUAGGUUGUGCCGGUAAAGAAGCACUAUUGUUUUGUUUGGAUCUCUCUCUCGCUUUCUGGGGAAGGCGAAGACUGAGGACGGAGGACGGAGGACCUUUCUGAGUUUUCUCCAAUUUUCUUCCUUCCUCUGCACUCAUCAUCAUCCUCAAAUCCUCUGCUAUCAUUGAUUUCAGUUUUCCAGGAGCCAUGACGCAGACCUGGUCUCUACUAAUUUCUGCCAUCGUCAUCUUAUCUUUCGUCACAAUCUAUUCUUCUUCAGCCUCACAAAUCCCCAAUAGAGGCGUCCGUCGCCCCAUGAUUUUUCCGUUAUAUUUCGCGUCCCCUAAAUCUUCGGGGCACCGGCAGGCCAUUGAGGGAAGCUAUUGGCGGCGGCAUCUGAAAUCGGACCCUUACCACCACCCCAAUGCUCGCAUGAGGCUCUACGACGAUCUCCUCUCCAACGGUUACUAUACGACCCGGCUUUGGAUUGGAACGCCUCCGCAGGAAUUCGCUCUCAUUGUGGAUACGGGGAGUACUGUCACCUAUGUUCCCUGCUCUGACUGUGAACACUGUGGAAAGCAUCAGGAUCCAAGAUUUCAACCAGAUGAGUCUAGUACUUAUCAUCCUGUUAAAUGCAAUAUGGAUUGUAACUGUGACCAUGAUGGAGUAAAUUGUGUUUAUGAGAGACGGUAUGCUGAGAUGAGCUCUAGCAGUGGUGUGCUUGGGGAGGACAUCAUUUCUUUUGGCAACCAAAGUGAAGUUGUCCCACAAAGGGCUGUUUUUGGUUGUGAAAAUGUGGAAACCGGUGAUCUUUACAGCCAACGAGCAGAUGGCAUAAUGGGUCUAGGCCGUGGUCAGCUCAGCAUUGUAGAUCAACUUGUUGACAAGAAUGUCAUUAAUGAUUCAUUUUCAUUAUGUUAUGGUGGGAUGCAUGUAGGUGGAGGGGCUAUGGUUCUUGGUGGGAUUCCACCUCCCCCUGAUAUGGUCUUCUCCCGUUCAGAUCCUUACCGCAGUCCAUAUUACAAUAUUGAGCUCAAGGAAAUACAUGUUGCUGGGAAGCCAUUGAAAUUAAGCCCAAGUACCUUUGAUAGAAAGCAUGGAACAGUCCUGGAUAGUGGAACUACAUAUGCUUACCUUCCAGAAGAAGCUUUUGUUGCAUUCAGGGAUGCAAUUAUAAAAAAAAGUCAUAACCUCAAGCAAAUCCAUGGUCCUGACCCGAAUUAUAAUGAUAUUUGCUUUUCUGGUGCUGGAAGGGAUGUCUCCCAACUCUCAAAAGCAUUUCCAGAGGUUGACAUGGUAUUUAGCAAUGGGCAGAAGUUGUCACUGACUCCAGAAAACUACUUGUUCCAGCAUACAAAAGUUCAUGGUGCAUACUGCCUGGGAAUUUUCCGGAAUGGGGAUUCAACUACUCUUUUAGGAGGAAUCAUUGUUCGUAAUACCCUUGUAACUUAUGAUCGGGAGAAUGAAAAGAUUGGAUUUUGGAAAACUAAUUGCUCAGAACUAUGGAAGAGACUGCAUAUUCCUGGUGCUCCUGCAGCAGCCCCUAUUGUUCCCACUCCUAAAUCUGUUUCUGCACCAGCACCUGUUGUUUCUUAUAACAAUAAUACAACUGUUGGAAUGCCUCCUACAGUGGCUCCAAGCGGAUUGCCUCAGGAAGUUCUUCCAGGAGAAUUCCAAGUUGGACUUAUAACGUUUGAUAUGUCGUUUAGUGUCAACUACUCCAAUAUGAAGCCUAACUUCACAGAACUUGCUGAGUUUAUCGCCCAUGAGUUGGAAAUUAAUGCUUCACAGGUUCAUUUCUUGAACUUCUUUUCAAAAGGAAAUCAUUCUGUCAUUAGAUGGGCUAUAUUUCCGGCAGAAUCUGCCACUUACAUUUCCAACUCGACUGCGAUGAGCAUAAUUUUGCAGUUAAAGGAACAUCGUGUGCAUCUUCCUGAGAGGUUUGGAAGUUAUCAGUUGGUUGAAUGGAAAGUUGAGCCACAAAUUAAGCGGACAUGGUGGGAGCAACACUUCUGGACUGUUGUGGUGGGAGUCAUUAUCACAUUGAUUCUUGGUUUAUCCACUUUUGGAGUAUGGUUUGUUUGGAAAUGGAGACAGAAUGCCGUUGGUACAUACAAGCCCAUUGGUGCCAGAGUUCCUGAGCAGGAGCUGCAGCAACUUACUUUGAUCUCAAGCUCACAAGCCUAAUCCGGGUUGGUUUUGAGGAUCUGUAAAAUAUGUCUUGAAUAUUUUUUUUGUGGAGGAAGUCCUGCCCUACAUUGAUUGAUUCAGAACUGGUUAGACGUUUGAUCGUCCUGAGGCUGCUAUUCCUCUGUUUAUUGCUGUGAGAUGGCCAAAACCAGAAAAAGAAAAAGAAAAAUCUACAUUUUGGAAAGUUUUUCUGGGUCGUUACAUAUAUUGUAGAGCAAGUGAUACAAGAGCCUUCCCGUUUAAGGCGAAGUAGAACAGCUAUUCUUGGUCUCAUUCUUCUUUAUUCAACUUACCUGAAUACAAACUCAACCCACUUCUCUCAAUUCUAUAGGUUUUUUAGGCUGCAGCUACCCUCUACCCUCUAUCUGAGGGUGCUGCUAAUGUGUUAGCUACUGUUCUUUGUGUAUCUGCAGUUGAUAAUAAAUUCAUGCCGUUGUUACAA